UAAAAAAAAUUAUUUAUUUAAUAUCUUAAUUUUUUUAGCUUUAGACCACGAACUAAGAUAUACCUAAGGGCUUAGGUACAUCUUAGUUUGUGCUUUAGAUUUAAAAAUCGUUUUUGAUAAUAAAUAAUAAUUGAUAACAAAAGACUGAUCUGUUAUCUACAUCGUGAUAAAGAAUAAUAUAAUUUUAAUACUUUGGCGGGUUUGCGCCAAGGUUUAUAGAUAAUAAAGGUUGCCUCAUAUAGAAAAUAUGAAAAAGUAGGAGUGGGAGAAAUCGGACCGUGACGUCACCCGUAGGAGACAUUAUUUGUUUACAAAGCUGGUUACACACUGAGCGGUUUGUCCGCGCGCGGUCGCGGUUUUUAUCCGCGGCGAUUUAAAUUCGCUUUCGACACAAAGCUUACACACUGUAACAUUUUACGCGGAUAAUCGCACCAAAAUUGCGCCAAAUAUCAUUACCUCGUGGUUACUCGUUCGUGUAUGAUCUUUUAUUCUCGUGCUCACAGUUUUUUAGCUUAGUUAAAUAAUUUUAUCGAAUUAAAAAUGGUUUUUUUGAGUCGUACUCAGACCGUUUGUCUUGCUUAUAUAUUGCAUAAAAAAAAACAGGAAAAACGAAAAAAUAGGCGUUUUUGGGUUCAUCCUCUAAACUUGAAAAGGCCUCGGGAAGGCCAAUUUCAAGUUACGUUUAUGACUUUAAGAUUCCAUCCAGACGAGUUCUUAAAGUACUACCGUAUGUCAAUUUCAUCAUUUGAUGAACUGUUAUUACGAGUAAAGCAUAGAUUACAAAAAAAAAAUACAAUUCUUCGAGAUUCAAUACCACCUGAAGAAAGAUUGUCAGUGACAUUAAGAUACUUGGCUACUGGGACAAAUUUUUCGUCUUUACAUUUCGACUUUUUGAUGGGAGUAUCGACCAUAGCCAAAGUAGUUAAUGAAACGUGUAUGGUGGUUUGGGAUGAGUUACAACCCACUGAAAUGGCACCACCCACUCAAGAAAAUUGGUUAGAAAUAGCAGAUGGUUUCUACAAUAUAACUCAAUUUCCUAAUUGCGUUGGAGCUGUCGAUGGUAAACACAUCCGGUUGCAAUGUCCAAAAAACAGUGGUACUCAGUAUUACAACUAUAAGAAUUUUUUUUCUUUGGUUUUAAUGGCAAUCUGUGAUUCAAAUUAUUGUUUCACAAUAAUCGAUGUAGGCUCUUUUGGGAAAGAGAGCGAUUGCAAUAUUUUUAAACAGUGCCCUUUUGGAAAAAAAUUAUACGCUGACAAAAUAAAUUUCCCUCAAGAUAAAUGUCUACCUGGUGAUGAAGAUGGUGUUGCUCAGCCAUUUGUUCUUAUAGCAGAUGAAGCAUUUGCGUUGAACAAACAUUUAUUACGACCUUUUCCUGGUAGAACUUUGAACGAUAACAGGAGAAUAUUUAACUAUCGUCUUUCCAGAGCAAGGCAAAAGAUAGAAUGCACUUUUGGAAUUUUGUCCAACAAAUGGAGAGUUUUCCAUUCUACUCUACUAGUAACACCAGAUGUUGCUGUGUCUAUUACUAAGGCAGCAUGCGUAUUGCAUAAUUUUGUACGUCGUAGGGAUGGUUUUAAUUUUGAGGACACUGUUAGUUGUGAAAUGCCCGAUAUAUCAGAGAGAAUAGGUGUUGGAAAUGCAUCUUUAAAUGCCAAAGAUAUAAGGGAGUAUUUCGUAAAAUACUUUAACAAUCCAAAACAUGCGCUAAGCUGGCAGAAUAAGGUAUUAGGUUAAACACGUUUAUUUCAUGCAUUCAGUAGGUAGGUAAUAAAGUAAUAUUGCGUCAUAAUUUUAAAUGUUAACGGUCUAUGUUUUUAUUGUUAUACUAUAAAGUAUGUUAAUUUAACUAAAUUCAUUUGUAUGUUAAACAUAUGUUGUAUUCACUUAUAUUAUAUAAUAUUUAACAUUAAUAAGUUGGAUGACAUCUACGAUAUACUAAUAAGUGCUUACAUUCAUUAUUCAAAUUGUACCUAUUUGUUACAUAUAUUAGAUAUAUUAUUAUAUUAUUA